CUACUUGUACGACACAAUGUUACCAGAAGGUCAGAGGGAACGCCUGCGCGAAAUGCAAGAGGAAGUGAAGCAUCUUACCGUGAGGCAUCGCUACCGAGCGAAAUGGCGUUUACACGAAUCUGAGAAAAGGCUUAAUCGAUAUGAAGCGGCUGUGCAAGAAAAACUAUUGCCCCUUAUGGAGGUGCUCGAUCUCUGUGAUGAAAGUUCGAAAACAGCGCUUGCAAACGGAAAUAAAACGAAUAACGGCUCCGCAUCAGCAUCUGAGGCGACGAGAACAAAAGUGGGUGUCGGAAAGUCAGACGAAGCGGAUGCGGUCGAACAAAUUACGCUGCAUAACCCAGUAAUUGCGCAGAUCUCGAAGGUGCAAUUUGCGGCUGGAAAAUGGGCGCAUUUGGUCAUCGUCUGCACAGAAAGACGUGUUCUGAUAUACAAUUUACUUACGCUACGAUUACAUGCUGCAUGCAAGCUGUCCGUCGAGCAUUUGGCAUUCGAUCCCAUAAGCAAUUUAGUGGCUGUCUUCACCAAGUAUAAUGAAUUGUACGUAUUCCAGCCAAAUGUACCGCUGUCCAUUUAUCGACGUCGCGAUAUGCCACCCUUGCUGGGCGCCGCGUGGCUGCCCCGACGACAUCCCAAAAACCGUUCGUUGAAUGUUGACUGGCAGGCGGUAUCUACGUUGUACUUUUUAACAGAUCAGCAGGAAAUCUACUACUUGGGUGUGCCAGAUAGUGCGGACGAUGAUGCGCCGCCCCCAAUUACCUUCAGCAGUUCGGCUAAUCAAGCAAUGCAGUAUAGUACCUUCGGCACCUUUGCCACCCAACAGCACUCAGAUAUGAAAAGCAGCACACGGCAGUCGAUUGGACCGCUGGUUAUCGGUAAUUCGUACGAAAUGGCUGUGAAAUCGGUGAGUGAAUGCUUUAUUUUUUUGCUAAAGUUAAGGCUCGAUGAAGGUUAUUUUUAUAUUUAGAUUAUGGUUGACUUUAUAAGUUCGAUAUUUUAAAAUAUUUAGGCCCAUUCGUCGCUCGAAUCGAAAAGGUUGAGUAGUAUAUUUUAAAUAUUGAGGCGUAUUUCUUUUUGUUUUGAUUUACUCUAAUCGGAAAUCCGUGUUUGUGAUUCGGCAACUGUAGU